GCUGAAUCAGUCCACUUUUUUGACUGGGCUAACCUGGUUUGACUAAGUCCAAGCUAACAUGAUUGAGGAAACACAACUCACUGUUUUGAUGACAUAACAUUGUAUACAGUUAUUAAGAGUGCGUCUAUGCAGUACAGGGUGGGAAGGUCUGUCACUCAGCUUCUCAAUUCCCCAACCCCCUUCUUCAUUUUCUUACUCUGUGCUGAAGAUUCUGAAAGAAUUUGACCCCAGAGCUCCAGAGGUCAGGUCAACUGGCCAAUCAGAGCACAGUUGACAGUGCCCAAAACCCAUAGCAUGGCCUGACCUAUGACCUUGUGCAGGGUCAGGGGGAAGGGUGAAUGGGGAGAUGAAAGACAGAGCUGAUGGAAAGAGGGUUGGGUUAAGAGGGGUUAUGGGUUGUUGUGGUGAUGCCCAUUGUCCUCUAAAAUGUGUUGCCAUAGCAGCAAGGUGGUCAGCGGCUUGUGACAGGAAUGACGAAAGACAUUGUCCAUGUUGUGGUUUAUUAAAGAUAUCGUUUGUGCGUAAAAUGACUAAUUGAUUGCACUUUUUUAACCCAAAAUAUGAACGUCUAACAUCUUUCGAAUGGCAUUUUGCCAAAUGUUUGCAGCAUUUGGUUGUAGGAAUCUAUUACAGUUACCAGUGACCAAGAUGAAGCUUCAUUCACAGACAAUAUUAAUUUGAAAGUUAAAUAGUUUGUAGACCAAGAAUGAAUAAUGCUUAAAAAGAUAACUCUAGCGCAACAUGUGUCUUGUGUAAAUGAUAGGUAUGGAGAGAAAUGCCUAAAUCCCAUUCUUGUUCUUCUCUAUCAUUGGUUUGCAGAUGAUCAGCUGGCCGUGAAGUCACCAUCAACCUCUCUUGCUUCAGAAGCUACCUCAUCUUCCUCAUCCUCCUCAUCCCCUUCUUCUCUCCAAGAUUGUCAGCCUCCCUUGGCCCCGAGACCAUCCCCUGGGGGCCUGCAUGCUCCUUCCCUCCCCAGUGAAAACUCCUCCCCUCCCCAUUGGGCCAGUCACAUUGCCCCCUACACCACUUCUCUUCCCAACACCCACUCUUCUCUUUCCCCAGAUUUCCCGCACCCAUCCCUGUCCUCCCAGACUCAGUCCCCUCCUCCUGUCCAGCAAAAGUCUGUCCAUAUUCCUGUACAUCAGCCUCACUCCACCAUAACCUCUCCUCAGAUGGGUAUCUCUGCUACAACUACGAAUUCCUCUGCCUCCUCCUCCUCAUCAUCAUCUCUUAAUGCCAUUCCACACCCAGGCAGUCCCAGUUCCGUCCAACAGACCCCCUCCAGCCCACCAGAGGAGGUACAAGUGCCACCAACUUUAGCUGUACUCUUAGAGGAACUUAGGGUCUUGCAGCAAAGACAGAUCCACCAGAUGCAGAUGACUGAGGAGAUCUGUAGACAGGUUCUGCGCCUGGGUGGAGUCAUCGGCAACCAGGAUACAGCUCAAGGAUCUUUGGAGAACCACCAGAGAACCUCUGGAUCACUCUCCCCAUCUCUAUCCUCUUCAGGUCCUUCACAGUCCACAGCUUCUCCUCUACCUACAGCUCUUCCAACAGUGAUCCCACAGGCUGUUGUUUCAAAGCCCAACAUCUCUCAUACUAAUGGACAUAGAGCUACAUAUUCCUCUUCAUCAUCCACACCCUCUUCUUCCACAUCAUCGCUGGUCACCUCAGUAGCUUCAGUGCACCCCCUGUCACUGUCGCUGGGUCUUCCCCGUUACCUCCAUGAAAAAUCCCCUAACACCUCACUGAGUCAUACCAGUGCUGUUAGUUUCCCCACUCCUCCACUGCUCACCUCUAGCCUCUCUCAGGAGCAGAUGCCACUCAGCUCUGCUGUGGGAUCUUCUGGUGGUUCACUGAGCUCUUCUGCAGGGCGCCAGCAGCAUGUCUGUCGCUUUUGUGGAAAGGUGCUGAGCAGUGACUCCUCCUUGCAGAUCCACCUGAGGUCUCAUACAGGUGAAAGGCCUUACCAAUGUCCUGUCUGCCUCAGUCGCUUUACUACACGUGGGAACCUCAAGGCCCAUUUUCUGCGCCACCGGGAGCAGAACCCAGAGCUUUCCCUCUCCCUUCUCCCACCUGCCCUGUCAGAGCAGAGCCAAUCAGGAUCUGGCACUGGGGUGAGUCAGAGACGCAGGAAGCGUCGUGCCGAAGACGAAGAGCCUUUUGGGGUUAAAGGUGGGGUGGGUGUGCCUGAUGGCUUGGCUCUCGGUUUUCUAUCUGGGCCAUCUUCCCGCCUCUCUCCUUCCUCUCUGCCUCUGCCGCCCAGCGUAGAUCUUGCCCUCUUGUCCACUGCCCAUUCACUGCUGCAGCUUAAUCGUGCCUCUGCUGCAGCAGUAGUCUCUGCUUCAGCAAGUGUACAGUCCUCUUCUGCAUCCACCACUUCGUCUUCAUCUUCCUCGGCCUUGACAGGCCAGUUGAAGGGUGCUAAACAGCAGCGGUUUGAUGAGAACACACCUCCACACUCCACUUUGCACCCCAGUUCUCCAUACUCCCAGUUGGCCCACCUCCCUAAGAUCCUCUUCCCCUCUGGUCCCUCUCCCCACCAUCCUGGAUUGGCUUUACUCCGCCCUCCUCACCUUCCCUCCCCCCACCCCCAGCUUACUUUCCCCUUCUCCCCUUACCCCAAACCCCAGACCUCUUCUCCUUCCUCUUCCUCUCCAUCCUCAUCGACUGCUACCUCUGACACCUCCAAACUCCAGAGGCUGGCGCAGAAGCUGGAGAAGCAGCCUCCAUCAAAAUCGUUCAGUGAAGACCAGACUAAUGGUAGCACCCAGGCCAGUGACAUAUCAACAACAUCCAGUACUCAUACUAUCUCAGCAUACAGGAGGGAAAUGAUGGCAGCCUUGGGCCUAAACCCUAACCCCAACAGUGAGCUGAGCACCCAGAGCAUUUCAGGGACUAUUCCCUCCCUGCCCUCUCUGGCACCUAACCAGUGUGGGAUAUGCCUGCGUGUGCUUAGUUGUCCCAGGGCACUACGCCUUCAUCAAGCCACACACCUGGGCGAGCGCCCUUUCCCUUGCAAGCUCUGUGGCCGCUCCUUCUCCACCAAGGGCAGUCUGCGGGCUCAUCUGGCCACCCACAGAGCACGACCGCCCAAUGCACGCACCCAAAAUUCUUGUCCGCUGUGUCAGCGUAAGUUUACUAAUGCUGUGGUGCUACAGCAUCACAUUCGGAUGCAUCUGGGGGGCCAGUUGCCUCCAGAGGGGAAUGGAGAUUUGGGGCCAGAGGAAGAAGUUAGUCAAAUAGGUAGUGUCACUCUGCCUAAGACCAUCCAGUCUCAUCCUCUUAAUAUGAGUACUACUAUUUCGUCUUCAACUGCUAGCACACUACAGUCAAGCACAGCUUCUAGAAAUACUACAUCACCUGAUGCAGAUCAAGUGCUAGAGUCGGAUCAAGAUCCCUGUGACACACCUGGUACAAGCCCAACUCCAAUCACUGAUCCAGCCCUAGAGAAGCAAGACCACACUAGUUCUUCCACUUGUGACAGCCCCCCUGCUAACUCUUCUCCAGUAGAAGAACAUCCUGACAGUGAUGCUCACCCUAGCAUUGUUAGUGCUUAUGCCCUCAGUGCUCUUAAAGCUCAUCAAAACAGGUGUCAGACCAGUGCUGUAGUAAAUGGUAUGACAGAUGAUGAUGAGAACAUUCCUCUGUCCCUCUGUACCAGAACCAGUUCUCAGGAUUCUCUGCCCAACAACUGUGAUCUCUCAGGGGCUCCCCAUUCUACAGUGGUCAGUGGCCCAAAAUCCAGCCCAGAUUCUGCAGCUCUUGAUCUUUCCCCUGCACUCACACCCCCCUCCAGCCCAUCCCUUCAACCCAAGCCAGAUUUAAGUGGUUCACAGAAAACAGUGCCUGCAAAUGUAACCAGUCUGAAUCCUGAACCCAGAGAAGGAGACUUUCUCUCAAGCACUAAAAAUGAAUCUUUGCCCUCAUUAGCCAAUAAUGGAGCUCCAGAGGAGGAAACUGGGAACAUGAAUCUUGGGGAUGUUCAAGAGGCCAAGAAGGAAGAAGUGACUAACAUAAAUGUAGAAGUGAAUACUGGGAGUCAGGUUAAGGAUGAGGAGGGGAUUAUGGUGACCCAACCAAAUAUCCCAGUUAUCCCUUCACAGCCCCAACGCCCUGAGAAACCCUACAGCUGUGCGCACUGUGGUAAAGAAUAUGCCAGCCGCAGUGGACUAAAGGGUCACAUGAAAAUCCACAGUGGAGGAACAAGCAGUGGGGCGAAUGCUUCAGCUGUUGCUCUGCAGCCUUCAGAGGGAAACUGUAAGGACUCUAUGGAGUCAAGUCCUCAUCCAGCUAGUGGCAACCUUCAAAAAGACACUGGAAAUACACUGGAGAAAAGCACAGAGAAAGUAUCCCCAGGAGAAGUUCCACUAGCUGCUGGUGGAUCAGCAGAUGGAGGGGCAGAGUCUGAGGACACAGCCUAAAAGAAUGUGAUUGGUGGAAUGGUAAUUUUUUUUGCCAAUUUUAGUGAGAGUUUUUACUAUUUUUCUGUUAGAUGUAGCUCUUAAAUUGUGAUAUUGUAGAACAGUAGUGACUUUGUUAACAUAAAAUUAGUGCCUUUUUUGAAGACAAUGAAAUGUUCGUGUACACAAAGCAAGUCCUUGACAUCAGAUAUUAGGAUCCUCAGAAUUAAGAUCCUAGGUGAAAUGUGGUAUUUGUGUAUUACAAAUGUAAUUAUAAAUUUUCUUACGUCAAAACAUUAUUGAAUCUGAAACAAUUUCAGAUUUCUAUGAGGCUUUUUACUCCUUUCAUUAACAUGCGGAUGUCCAGAUUUUAUUUGACCACAUAAAAAGCCAGGUGUAAUCACACCCAGGAUGCACUGUGAUUGGAUUAUGUGUGUAAAUAGAAUGUGUCUUCUAUAUCCACAUACCUUUUUAUCUUUUACAUAAGAGUAUAAACAAGGAGAAAUGGAUGAUACAUGAGGCUGGAGUUAUCCCAAAACCAAGUGCCUUCUUGCACUCUGAAUCCAAGCCAUAACAGGUCAUAACAAGUGGAAAAAGUUCAUGGAAGUAAACCAGAAAUA